AUGUCUUCUGGUUUUCCUUCCUUCUUCGAUCCUUUUAACAAGAAGAACAAGAAAGAUGUAGCUAAGAAAUUUGACCUUAUCUCUCACUCCUUCGAUGAAUUCCCUCUCUAUCAGAAGAAGGAAGUUGCAGAUGGGACCCUUGAUGGAUACUACCAAUAUUCGCUCAUAUCAAGAAUGCAAGAUGAGAAUGGGCUCAGCUUAUUUAGCUUAAAAUUUUCUUAA